AUGAUCUUCUCACUGGAAUAUAUCAUUAUCUUAACAGUUUGCACUCGCCCAUGCCAUGUUCUUCGACGCCUGCGCACUCUCAGCGCACGCAAAGCCACCACCAGACGCUCCCUACGAUACUGUCCCGUACACGUCACAUUUGUCGAUUGGAUUCCAGGAAUAUUCACUACACUCGGCCUGCUCAUCAUCAACCUGAUUGACAAGGAGCGCCUCCUCUCAGAGGGCUCGUAUGGCGGUGAACCAACCAUCAUUUGGAGAGCACGCUUGUUCUUGUUUAUUGGAUUCGCUCUCAUGGCAGGAGGAUUGGCGGGUAGCGUCUCGUUGCUCGUUCUCAAGUAUAUCAUCCAGAACUACGAACCUCGUUUCCAGUACUAUGGUUACGCAAACGUGGCCCAGAACGUGGCGCUCAUGCUAGCCGCAGUCAUCCUCUGGUUGGCCCAGCAUGCGUCGUCCGAGUACGAAUACAAUCUCCAGCUCUAG